GGCUCGAGGGGGUUGUGUCUUUGCAUGCGCGACAUCUGUCGGACAUUGUUUCUGGAAACAGUUCUGUGCAGGGCUGCCACGGCAGCUCUCUGCCCAUUCCAAGGACAAGAAGUCAUGAGCAGAUUCAGCUCUCUUCCAGUUCUCGAUUAGUCAUUGUGGGCUGAUGAUGUCUGAUCUAAAGCUGCUCCUGUCCCUGUCCUUCCUCGUAGCCACGACAUUUGCUCUGGUCCGCUCUAAUGAAAAAGAAGAAGAAGAUGAUCUUCUUCAGGGCAUCAACAGCUACAGGAAGUCCCUGAACCUGCUGCCGCUUGCACAGAACGACCGAGCCGGCUGCCUCGCGGAUGAGAUCGCGGAGAGGCUGCAGAACCAUCCCUGCAGCACCAGCACCUACGGCAUCAACCUCGUCCCCGGAACGGGGCCGCAGUCCACCGACUAUCUGCAGCUCCUGUCGAAGUGCGACAUUGGCGUCAACCAUAUGGGGGACGGGGUGAUCUUGCCGGUGUGCGUGCAGGAUUUGGUGCCUUCACUGGUGCUCGCCAACUACACACAGUCGCAGUACGCGAGGUACCUGAAUGAUUUGAAUUACACCGGUGCUGGGUUCGGGUCGGAUGGUGACUGGAUGGUGGUGGUCCUGAGCACGGACUCGCUGGGCGGUAGCUUCGCAAAGGGGGCUGGGGAUCGUGAACCGGUGCACGGGUGGAUUAUGGCUAUGUGGUCGGUUGUCUUGUUGAUGGCACUAUGAAAAAAUCUACGAAUAUACGAGGCGAGAUCAACUUAUGAGUAUUAAAGGACUCGAUAUCAAAUAUUAGGGUUUUGAUAAGCAUUUCGCUCGCAAUUGAUGAA